AAAAUCCCCAAAACGCCCGGAUUGUCCCGAAAUCGCCGUUUCUCGCCCCAGGCCUGGCUGCAGCAGUACGGGUACCUCCCGCCCGGCGACCUGCGCGCCCGGCCCCGCGCCGCCCCGGCCUCGCUGUCGGCGGCGCUGGCGGCCAUGCAGCGCUUCUACGGCAUCCCCGUCACCGGCACCGCCGACCCCGACACCAUCCGGGCCAUGCUCCGGCCCAGGUGCGGCGUCCCCGAUAAGUUCGGCGCCCAGGUGAAGGCCCAGGUGCGGCGGCGCCGGCGCUUCGCCCUGCAGGGGCUGCGCUGGGAGCAGCCCGAGAUCACCUACAGUUGGGGCCCCACAUCGGGGGACACGCACUUCGACGGCGCCGAGCCCUGGACGCACCGCGGGGACGACCUCAGCGGUAACGACCUGUUCCUGGUGGCCGUGCACGAGCUGGGCCACGCCCUGGGCCUGGAACAUUCCAGCGACCCCUCGGCCAUCAUGGCGCCCUUCUACCAAUGGAUGGACACCGAGGCCUUCGAGCUGCCCGACGACGACCGGCGCGGCAUCCAGCAGCUCUACGGCUCCUCCUCCGGCCCCGCCCCCCGCCCCUCCCCCACGCCGCGGGCCCCGCCCCUCCCCCCCCCGGGCCCCCCCUACGGGCCCCGGAUCUGCGACGGCGCCUUCGACACGGUGGCCAUGCUGCGCGGCGAGAUGUUCGUCUUCAAGGAGCGCUGGUUCUGGCGGGUCCGGGGGGGCCAGGUGAUGCCGGGGUACCCCCUCCCCAUCGGGCAGUUCUGGGCCGGGCUCCCCCCGAACAUCGACGCCGCCUACGAGAGGAGCGACGGCAAAUUCGUCUUCUUCAAAGGCUCCCGGCACUGGGUGUUCGACGAGGGCGUUCUGGCCCCGGGCUACCCGCGGCCGCUGGCCGAGCUGGGCCGGGGGGUCCCCAGCGACCGCCUGGACGCCGCGCUGCUCUGGCUGCCCAGCGGCCACACCUACCUCUUCCGGGGGGACAAGUGCGUCCGCGGAACCUUCCGGAACCCUCCGGGAAUUUCUGGGAUUUUUUGGGAUUUUUUUCCUGGACUUUUGGGGCCCUUUUUAUGUAUCUUUCAGGACCUGUCUGCGCUCUUUUGGGGCUCUUUCUACACCUUCCAGGACCUUUCUGCACCUUCCAGGACCUUCUCUGAACCUUCCGGGACCUUCCAGAACCUUCCGGGAAUUUCUGGGAUUUUCUGGGACUUUUUCUGGGAUUUUUUUCCUGGACUUUUGGGGCUUUUUAUGUAUCUUUCAGGACCUGUCUGCGCUGUUUUGGGGCUCUUUCUGCACCUUCCAGGACCUUUCUGCACCUUCCAGGACCUUUCUGCACUUUCUGGAACCUUCUCUGAACCUUCCGGGACCUUCCGGGAAUGUCUGGGAUUUUUUGGGGAUUUUUUGGGAUUUUUUCCCUGGACUUUCGGGGCUUUUUAUGUAUCUUUCAGGACCUGUCUGCGCUCUUUUGGGGGUCUUUCUGCACCUUCCAGGACCUUUCUGCACCUUCCAGGACCUUCUCUGAACCUUCCGGGACCUUCCAGAACCUUCCGGGAAUUUCUGGCAUUUUUUGGGAUUUUUUUGGGGAUUUUUUCCUGGACUUUCGGGGCCUUUUUAUGUAUCUUUCAGGACCUGUCUGCGCUCUUUUGGGGCUCUUUCUACACCUUCCAGGACCUUUCUGCACCUUCCAGGACCUUUCUGCACGUUUCAGGACCUUUCUGCACUUUCUGGAACCUUCUCUGA